CGCACUCUGUUUUCGGUAUUUCAAGCCGUGACGAUCGUAAGUUUCUUUUGUUGCUAAUUGUUCUUUUGUUUAUUGUGCCUAUUUUUUUAUAAUCAAAUAAGAAAUGGAAGCAAAAUCUGAUUAUUACACCCUAAGCCGAAUUUAUGUUCUCCUUUUAUUAACUCCGCUGUCAUUUGUUUAUUAUAUUCAUUAUAAAAAACAAAUGCAAAUUAGAGCCACCUCAAAUUUUCCCAGUUCCACAAAAAAUCCAUCCCCUGUUUCGUACAACAUCGCAUACUAAAUAUCCAAUUCCACGUCAGAUGAUAGUAUCCAGCUAAGCCAAUCAGAUCAAUCCUAGUGGAUAACAAUCCACACCUUAUCUAUCCAAUCACUCCUCCACAAAACACACACCACACACAAUACUCCAUCACAUGUAUUAAAUUCCAACUUCCUCCCUCUUCCAUUUCUUGAUUUCCACCAAUACUUCACCGGCAACACCACCACCACCACACAAUCCUUCAAAACAAUGGCCACCAUCACCUCCGCCGCCGUCACCAUUCCCUCGUUCACCGGACUUAAGUCCGGCGCCACCUCAUCCUCCAAGCCCACCACCGCCCGCGUCGUCACCACCUCCGCCGCCAUCCCCAAGCUCUCCGUCAAGGCCUCGUUGAAGGACUUCGGCGUGGCCGUCGCCGCCACCGCCGCCACCGCAAUCCUCGCCAGCAGCGCCUUGGCCGCCGAUGUCCUCCUCGGCGGAGACGACGGCUCACUGGCCUUCAUCCCACAAACCUUCGAGGUCGCCGCCGGCGAGAAGAUCGUGUUCAGCAACAACGCCGGAUUCCCCCACAACAUCGUCUUCGACGAGGACGAAGUUCCCGCCGGAGUUGACGUGGCAAAGAUCUCCAUGAACGAGGAAGACUACCUCAACGCCAAGGGUGAAACUUACGCAGUCACUCUCACCGAGAAAGGCACCUACUCUUUCUACUGUGCCCCCCACCAAGGCGCUGGUAUGGUCGGAAAAGUUACCGUUAAAUAGAGUGUCCGAAUUUUAAAUCAUCUCAUUUUUUGCGUACCUUUAUCCGACAUUGUAAUGUAUAAGUGAAAAAAAAUUGUUUUCAUGUAUGAGAUGCUAUAAAAUCUGUGUAUUAAUUCAUCUGUUCUUCCA